GACAAUCAGUACAAAGUUGCCAGUUAGUGCUUAAAAUGGAAAAAUGACUCGUUUGUUUACUAACAAGAGUAGCACCGCCAACUGGAGUACGGGAGAUAACACUUGAUGAAAAACCUGUGCAGUGUUAUAAAGGUAAAAAAUGAUGCUAAGUUGUGGUGUAAGUCGACUCAUAGUUCGUCACCUGAGAACAGGUGUUGCCAGCACUGCUCAAGUCCCCCAAGUGUGUAUUGUUGGUAGUGGUCCAGCUGGCUUCUAUACUGCUCAACAAAUACUAAAGAGCCAUGCAGCAGCACAAGUUGAUAUGUAUGAGAAACUGCCAGUUCCUUUUGGCUUGGUUCGCUAUGGAGUUGCACCAGAUCACCCAGAAGUGAAGAACUGCAUUAAUACCUUCACCCAGACUGCUGCUAAAGACAGAUUUACAUUUUUGGGCAAUGUUGACAUUGGAAGUGAUAUUACUUUCAGCCAGUUGAGAGAAGCUUAUCAUGCUGUUGUUCUGGCAUAUGGCGCUGCACAAGACCGAGCAUUAAACAUCCCAGGAGAGUCUUUGCCCAAUGUAUUAUCUGCCCGAGAAUUUGUGGGUUGGUAUAAUGGUCUACCUGAAAAUGCAGAUUUGAAGGUUGACUUGAAUGUAGAAUCGGUUGGAAUUAUUGGUCAAGGGAAUGUUGCUGUGGAUGUAGCAAGAAUUUUACUCACACCUGUAGAUAUAUUAAAGAAAACAGACAUCCCAGAGAACAUACUGGAGAGAUUAAAUGGCAGCCGAGUGAGACAUAUGACAUUGGUUGGUCGCAGGGGUCCAGAACAUGUUGCCUUCACCAUCAAGGAAUUGAGAGAAAUGGUCAACUUGGAGGGAUCAAGGCCAGACCUGAGACGAGAAGAUUACAAGCACUUAAGGAAUCUAAUACCAAAUUUGCCUCGGCCUCGUAAAAGAUUACUUGAGCUUCUGGCUAAAACUGGGUUAGACGCCCCAGAUCCCAAGCUUGCUUCCUCCUGGGCGGCUGCAGAGAAACAGUGGAGUCUUCGCUUCCUGCGGAGUCCUGUAGAGAUACUUGCAACACCUGAUGGCCAAACUGUGGGUGGAGUCAUCCUAGCAAAAAAUAGGCUUGAGGGUGAAGGAUUGAACCAGAGAGCUGUGCAGACUGAUGAAACAGAAAGUCUCCAAUGUGGCUUAAUUCUUCGAAGCAUAGGCUACAAGGGUGUCGAGAUUGACUCUUCACUGCCCUUUGACCAACGAACAGGGACAAUAUCCAACAACGGGGGAAGAGUAACUGGUCAGAAUGGUGUGUAUGUUAGUGGAUGGAUAGGCACUGGUCCUGUUGGUGUUAUUUUGUCUACUAUGACAAGUGGCUUCACAACUGGUAAAGUUGUUGUGGCAGACAUGGAGACUGGCUCUGUGGAUAUCUCACGGCCUCGAAGUGGACAGACUUUAAUUAAAAGUGCUUUAGCAGAAAAAGGGGUACAACCUGUGUCAUUUGAUCAGUGGAAUCGCUUGAAUCAGUAUGAAGUAGAAACUGGGGCAAAGCUUGGAAAACCCCGUGAGAAAGUUUCUAACAUUAAACACAUGAUGGAUAUUAUUCAUCAGUGAUGUUUUGUUUUGUGCUGUAGUGUGUUUAUCAUUCAUCAUGGGACCAGUAGCUUCAAGAGAACCUUCAAGGAUAUUUUCUUAUUUCUUCAUACAGUGUUUUGUUAUGUUAAACACAAAGAAAAUUUGUCACAAUUAAUUAGUACUGUAGUACUUAUUUGUUUGUUAUUCCAGUAAUGAAUUUCACUUAGAAAGUCAAAAUUACUGUAUUAUGUCUACAGGUAUAGUACAGGCAGAUCCUGA